AUGCGGACCACCAUGCGUCUCGCCCCUCUCCGCCAGACGGCCUCCGCCGCCCGCCUGGCCCCGAUGGUCGCCGUGCCCGCUGCCCGACGUGGCCUCGCCCAGGUCUCGGACGCCGCCGUCAAGACUGCCCGCGGCAAAGCCCCCGAGAUCGAGCCCUACCUGCUCGAGGAGCUCGACGUCGUCAAGAGGGGCGACAAGAAGGCCAUCGAGCAGCUGCCGCCCUUUGUCAUUUCCCGCGAGCGCGGCUUCCUCCCUCGCCAGGACCCCCUGGCGACGCUGCCUCCGGCGUUUGACAACCUCAGCUCGCUGCUGGACCGCAUGACGAUCCGCCAGCCCGCCGACGCCAACGGCGAGCGCAAGCCCGGCCUGCUGGCCAAGGGCGAGUUUGGCGACGCCGUGCUGUCGGAGCUCGACCCCGAGGGCGCCGAGGCCCGCGCCGUCGACCAGGCCAUCGCGUCGGGCAACUCGCACCUGAUCGCCGCCCUCUUCCGCGACUACUGCUUCAUGACCUCGGCCUACCUCCUCGAGCCCGUCGACAUCGCCUUCCGCAAGACGGGCCUCUACGCCCGCGGACGCGACGUGCUGCCGCGCCAGCUGGCCGUGCCCCUCAAGAAGCUCGCCGACAAGCUGGGCCACUUCCCCUACAUGGAGUACGCGUCGUCGUACGCGCUGCAAAACUACCGCGUCAAGGACCCCAACCACCAGGGCACGGCGGGCAAGUACAGCUUCGACAACAUGGAGCUCAUCCGCUCUUUCGAGGACGCCGCCGGCUCCGAGCGCGGCUUCAUCCUUGUCCACGUCGAGAUGGUGUCGUACACGGGCCGCCUCGUGUCGGCCACCGAGGACGCGCUGCGCGCCGUCACCAACAACGACGCCCCGGCGCUCGAGGAGGCCUUUGAGCGCCUGCUGACGACGUACCGCAAGAUCAACCUGUCGAUGGACACCAUGUGGGGCCGCUCGCUGCCCUCCGACUACCUCAAGUACCGCAGCUUCAUCUUCGGCACGGGCCCCAAGAAGGGCGAGAACGGCAUGUUCCCCGAGGGCGUCGUCUACGAGGGCGUCUCGGACGAGCCCCAGUUCUACCGCGGCGAGUCGGGCGCCAACGACUCGAUUGUCCCCACGGGCGACAACCUGCUCGAGAUCACACGCCACAUGCCCAACAACGACCUGACCAAGACGCUGCGCGACUUCCGCACGUACCGCCCCAAGAACCAGCGCGAGUUCCUCCAGCAGCUCGAGGGGCGCGCGACGCUGGCCGGCGUGCGCGACUUUGCCAUGGAGACGAGCGGCAGCGCGCGCGCCAAGGCGCUCUACAUCCUGCUCGUCGACCAGAUCCGCGAGUUCCGCAACCGCCACUGGAUGUUUACCAAGUCGUACAUCAUCGAGCGCAGCACCUACGACAUUGCCACGGGCGGCAGCCCCAUCCUCCAGUACCUGCCCAACAACCUGAGCACGGUGCUCAAGGUGCUCGACGAGUCGUACGCCGACUUUAGCGCCGACGACGAGCACACGCUCGGAUCGCAGCAGGCCAGGUCCGGCAGCGCCAUCUCCAACAUCGAGCUGCUCGAGGCGGUGCGCUCGGCCGGCAAGCGCGCGGGCGCCCAGAGGCGCAUGCUCGAGCGCGAGGUGUCGGAGCUGCUGGCGGCCAAAGAGAAGCGCGUCCAGAGCCUCGGCGGCGACGUCGAAAAGGGCCGCGGCAUGCUCGGCGAGCACCGCGACACCGGUCGAGGCUGGGUCGGCAACGACGGCGUCGGAUGA